ACCGUUUUCUGAAGCUGGAGCUAUUCCAGGAACUGUAACCCAAAUGUUUCUCUGUCCGUGGAGAGGAUUUCACAUUUGAAAAGAUCUUCUACUGAAGCCAGUUGUGUCCCAUCAACAUGUUCUGGAAGUUUGAUUUGAACACAACAUCACAUGUGGACAAGCUGCUUGAUAAAGAAGAUGUGACACUUCACGAGCUGAUGGAUGAAGAUGACAUCUUACAGGAGUGCAAGGCUCAGAACCGCAAGCUGCUGGACUUCCUCUGCCAGCAGCACUGCAUGGAGGAGCUGGUCAACCUCAUCACCCAUGAACCCCCCGUGGAUAUGGAUGAGAAGGUCCGCUUCAAAUACCCCAACACAGCCUGCGAACUGCUGACCUCGGACGUGCCGCAGAUCAACGACAAGCUGGGAGGGGAUGAAACUCUACUGAACAUCCUCUACGACUUCUUGGACCGAGAGCCUCCUCUGAACCCUUUGCUUGCCAGUUUCUUCAGUAAGACAAUUGGGAAUCUCAUUGCAAGAAAAACUGAACAGGUGAUUGCAUUUUUAAGGAAAAAAGACAAAUUUAUCAGCCUGGUGCUCAAGCACAUCGACACAUCAGCCAUGAUGGACCUCUUGCUUCGUCUCAUCAGCUGCGUGGAGCCCGCCACUCUACGGCAAGAAGUGCUAAAUUGGCUCAAUGAAGCCAAGAUCAUCCAGAGACUGGUGGAACUGAUCCAUUCAAGCCAGGAUGAGGACAGGCAAUCCAAUGCUUCCCAGACCCUGUGUGACAUCAUCAGGUUGAGCAGAGACCAGAGCAAUCAGCUGCAGGAGAUGCCUGAGCCUGAUCCACUUCUCACAGCACUGGAAUCGCAGGAGUGUGUGGAGCAGCUCCUGAAGAACAUGUUUGAUGGAGAACAGACUGAAAAUUGCAUCGUGAAUGGAACCCAGGUUCUUCUGACGUUGCUGGAAACGAGGCGCUCUGGGGUGGAAGGGCUGAUGGACUCAUACACUCAGGGAUUUGAAAGGUCUUACACUGUCAAUAGCAGCAUCCUCCAUGGGAUUGAACCAAGGCUAAAGGAUUUCCACCAGCUGCUGCUCAGCCCUCCCAAGAAGACAGCAAUCCUCACCACGAUUGGUGUCCUGGAGGAGCCUCUGGGCAACGCUCGUCUCCACGGCUCUCGUCUGAUCGCUGCUCUGCUCCACACCAACACUCCCAGUAUUAACCAGGAACUAUGCAGACUCAGUACCAUGGAUUUGUUACUUGACUUAUUUUUCAAAUACACAUGGAAUAAUUUUUUGCAUUUCCAAGUGGAGUUGUCAAUAGCAGCCAUCCUCUCCCACUCUGUGCAAGAGGCAAAGCCAAUGACAAACAACCUGGAGAGCAAAGAAGAGGUGCUGAAUGGAAAUGUGACCACAGAGAACCCUGCAACUCCAGAACCCACCCCUGAGAACAUCAUGGUUACUCAUCUGUUCCAGAAGUGCUGCCUGGUGCAGAGGAUAUUGGAUGCCUGGGAAGCCAAUGACAAAAUACAGGCAGAAGGAGGCAUGAGGAGAGGCAACAUGGGCCACCUGACCCGGAUAGCCAACGCUGUGGUGCAGAACAUGGAGAAAGGCCCCAUGCAGACUCAAAUCAGUGAGUUCAUCAAAGAGCUGCCUGAAGAUUGCCGAGGGAGGUGGGAGAGCUUCGUAGAAGAGACGCUGACAGAAACCAACAGGAGGAACACGGUGGAUCUGGUGAGCACCCACCACCUGCACUCCUCCAGUGAGGAUGAAGACAUUGAGAGUGCUUUUCCCAAUGAGCUUUCUCUCCAGCAGGCCUUCUCUGAGUACCAGAUCCAGCAGAUGACAGCCAACUUUGUGGAUCAGUUUGGCUUUAACGAUGAGGAGUUUGCAGACCAGGAUGAUAACAUCAAUGCCCCCUUUGACAGGAUCGCAGAGAUCAGCUUCAACAUCGAUGCCGAUGACGACAGCCCCAACGCUUCCCUCUUUGAAGCCUGCUGCAACGAGAGGAUCCAACAGUUUGAUGACAAUGAGGAGGAAGAAGAUAUCUGGGAAGAUAAGGAGAUCACCUAUGCAACCCAAGUGAAAUCAAGAACACGGUUUGGAGCCUCUCAGACCUCAGAGAGUUCAUCCAAAAGUGAUCUUGAGAACGGAGAUCAUGACGGCAGCGUGGACUCUGAAGAAGAGGAGGAGACGGAGCAGCAGCCACCUCCUCCUUCAGCCACCACCACCAAGAAUAACGUCUCUGAGCAGAAAGAAUCCUCAGCCUCUUCUGAAGGGUCCGGCUGGACGGCCGUGUUUGAGCCUGUCAGCUCCAAGCCCCCCACGCCCUGCGUCGCCAUGGAUGUCGGAUCCAGCGUGUGGGACACGGCGGCUCCCGAGAACCCCACGCCUGAGGAGAAAGGCUGGGCGAAGUUUACAGACUUCCAACCUUUCUGUUGCUCAGAAUCAGGUCCACGAUGCAGUUCUCCUGCUGACACAGAGAGCAACAAUUCUGAUGGAAACCUGAAGCAGAGUCAGGACAAGAACUCCAGCACUGCCUCUCCCUGCGUUUGGAACGUCUGUGUGACCAGGAAAGCACCACUGGUGGCCUCAGACAGCAGCUCCUCUGGAGGCUCUGACAGUGAGGAAGAGGAGGAGAAAGCCAACGUGGUCACAGAAACCAUCAGCACAGGCUCAGGCCAGGAGACCAUCAAGCUGACCAUGGAUGCUAAGAAUGAGAAGGCUGUGUUCACCAGCGAGGCGGACUGCAUGGUCAUUGAUAAGCUGAGCAUCGCCGACGUCGCCACGACAAAAGCAUCCAAGGCCCUGAACAACCUGGCCCAGCGCUCAGAGGAGCGCCAGAACACUGCCGCUGUCGUCACCGCUGUCACGGAAACGGCCACAAAAGACAGGAAAGAAGAAGCCUUGCCCUGUGCUGAAGCCACGUUAAAUGGUCCUGCUUGAUGAAGCCAACGCCAUGGGACGUGUGUGAUCCAGGCCAGGCUGCUCCCUGGUGAUGCAAUUUGUCAAUUAUUAUUUUUUUUUU